ACGUACCGUCUUCAGCACAUGCGCACUCCACGUCACUACCUAGGCCCCAUUCAACCCUUUACCGUCGAAAAUCCGUCUUUUUCCACGUCUUUCCAAUCUGUGUACUGAGUAUCACGGAGAUGUCAGAAUAUAACAUAUCAUAGAGAACAGUUCUGGGUCUUCAAAUCGUUCCAGUCUGGGAGUUUCUGGCGGAAAUUCGCGUAUAAAUAUCGGAUAGCCGGAUUGUGGUAGCAAGUGGCGGCCAUCUUGGAUGGGGCGGUAGGAGAAGAUCUCCCCGGUUUUCGUCUUCGUGAACAGAUAUCUGAGGUGUGAGACGACCAUGUCAGUACCCAGUAACGGUAUCUACAUCAUCCAGGGGGAGAUCUCUGUGCUGGUAACAGCCAUCAGGAGGAACUCCAGAUGGACUUCACACAGCCAUCAGGAUGAAGAUCAGGAUCCUCUUCUGAGCAACUUUUCUGGGCUGAAAGAUGUUCUGAAUAAUGUCUCAGACCUCGGAGAGAUCGAGCCAAAUGUGUUCCUGGGACCUUUCCUGGACGUGAUACGAUCGGAGGAUACCACCGGGCCGAUAACGGGGCUGGCGCUCUCCUCGGUCAACAAGUUCCUUUCGUAUGGACUUGUGGAUCCGACCAGCGAGAGCGCGUCGGCAGCCAUUGAGAACAUGGCGGACGCCGUGACCCAUGCACGGUUCGUGGGCACCGAUCCCGGCAGCGAUGAGGUGGUGUUAAUGAAGAUUUUACAGGUAUUGAGAACCCUCCUCCUGACACCAGUGGGAGCCUACAUGACCAACGAGUCUGUGUGUGAGAUCAUGCAGUCAUGUUUCCGCAUCUGUUUUGAGAUGAGGCUAAGUGAGCUCUUGCGGAAAUCUGCGGAGCACACUUUGGUAGACAUGGUGCAACUACUGUUCUCAAGGUUACCACAAUUUAAAGAUGAUGCCAAAGCAGGAAUCCUGGCCAACAUGAAGAAGUUAAAAAUGAGGGCCGGCGGUGUGGGCGACAUCCGAGGAAAACGUGCCAAGCGCUCCCCGCGGCCCCGCCAGAAGAAGCCUGUUGCGGAGAGGCCGGCCAUGGAGAAACCCUCGCCGGUCCCAGAGCUCCCGGCCAGCGAGGAACCCACGCCGACCCCCAGCCCAACCCACUCCUCCGCCACGCCCACCAACUCCGCGGCCACCACCCCCGGGGAUGUCACCCCCACCCCCUCAGUACCGGACAGCGGCGUGGACCUGUCGGUGAGGGAGUCGGGCUCGGACGGGGAGCAGGAGGUACGAGAAAACAGCGAGGAAAAAACGGAAGAAACAAGCGUGGAGGAAAGAUUGAGCGAGAGUACAGAAAGCGCUGGUGAAAUGAAAAAAGCUGGUAGUGAACUUGAUUUGGGCACGGACUCUGAGAAGACUGAGUCGCUGCCAGAGAACACAGAAGACGCAGACUCCGUGAACGAGCAGUCCGACACGGCCUCCAUCCAGGAUGUUCAGGACUCGGAGUACGUCAAUCCAAGGGGGGUCCGCUUCACUCCACAACAGACACAGAAAGACGGUUCAGGUCCGCCUGUCCCAUAUGGACUGCCGUGUGUACGAGAGCUGUUUAGAUUUCUCAUCUCACUUACAAACCCUUAUGACAGAGGACAACUCAAGUUCCAGCUGAGGAUGUAUUUGACCAAACUGAUGGACAUCAUAGUGUCAGAAUCUCCUAAGAUUCCGUAUGAAAUGAGGGAACUUUCUCUAGAAGCUAUAGUACAGUUGUGGAGAAUACCAGGGCUGGUGACAGAGCUGUACCUGAACUAUGACUGUGACCUCUUCUGUAGUAACCUGUUUGAGGACCUCACCAAGCUUUCUUCCCAGAAUGCGUUCCCGGUGCAUGGUCUGUACUCCACCCACCUGCUGUCUCUGGACGCGCUCCUGACCGUGAUCGACGCCAUCGCCACGUACUGCGGGGGGAACCGUGUCGUUCCAGUCUCCAAGCAGCCUGGCGGGGAGGCUGGGGAGGGGAAAGCCGCUGACGAAAAGGAAGGUGCACAGGUUACUGAAGGACAGGACGUGAAGAAGGCUGCGGAGAGCGCAGCCACGAUCCCCAGCACCCUCCCAACGACAGGCUACGCCAUGGCGGGCAAGAUGGAGGCUGGGAGACAGGACAGGGAGGACAACAAGACAGGGACUGACAGCGGAGCCAGUAAGACAACCAAUGGAGUACCUGGUGUUCCCCCUCAGAUGAAGUACACAGACACAAGUUCACUGCCAACACCUCAGCAACUACAGGAAGUCAAGCAAAAGAAAAGGCUCUUAGAAACGGGUACAGAGCAGUUCAAUCAGAAGCCAAAGAACGGGAUAGCCUACCUACAGAAGAACGGUCUGAUGUCCACCCCCCUGGACCCGGUGGAAGUGGCCACCUUCCUGCGUGAGAACCCAAGACUAGACAAGAAGAUGAUCGCAGACUACAUCUCAGAUAGGAGAAAUAAGACAGUGAUGGAGACUUAUGUAAAGUCGUUUGACUUUGAGCACACCAGAAUAGACGAGGCCCUGCGGAUGUACCUGGAGGCCUUCCGGCUGCCAGGAGAGGCGCCCGUCAUCUCCAUGCUGCUGGAGGAGUUCUCCGAACACUGGCAUAAUUGCAACUCCAAGCCCUUUGCCAAUGCGGAUGCAGCAUUCACCCUAGCUUACGCUAUCAUCAUGCUGAAUGUGGACCAGCACAACCACAAUGUGAAGAAACAGAACAUCCCCAUGACUGUGGAGGAAUUCAAGAAAAAUCUGCACAACGUUAACGGCCAGAGGGACUUUGACUCGGACAUGUUGGAUGAAGUGUACACAGCUAUAAAAAAUGAUGAAAUCGUGAUGCCAGAUGAACAGAAAGGACAGGUGAGAGAGAACUACCUGUGGAAGAUGCUACUCAGGAGAGGGGGACGACAGGAGGGAAAGUUCACACAUGCACAGGGUGGUGUGUUUGACCUUGACCUGUUCCUGCUGAGCUGGGGUCCCAGCGUCGCUGCCCUGUCCUACGUGUUUGACAAGAGUCUGGACGACAGUAUCAUACAGAAGGCCAUCUCUGGCUUCAGAAAAUGUGCAAUGAUAGCAGCCUACUACCAGCUGAGCGAUGUGUUUGACAACUUGGUCAUCUCACUCUGCAAGUUCACCACACUCAUCAGUACUUCUGAGAGCCCAGAGAACCUUCCUGUAGUAUUCGGCAGUAACAUCAAGUCUCAGAUGGCGGCCAAGACGGUAUUCGCUCUGGCACACCGACACGGGGACAUCCUGCGGGAGGGCUGGAAGAACAUCCUGGACUGUAUGCUGCAGCUGUACCGGGCCAAACUCAUGCCAAAAGCAUUGAUAGAGGUUGAAGACUUUGUGGACCCCUCUGGAAGGAUAUCACUGAUAAGGGAGGAACUUCCAUCUGCAAGAACAGACAACUCCAUCUUCAGCUCCCUGUACCAGAUCAUCAUCCUGAACCCUGAACCCCCCGCCCAGCGAGCAGCCACUGCUGAGGACCAGCAGGCCACUCAACAGGCACACAACUGUAUAAAGGAAUGUCAGGUGGAACAACUUGUCCAAGAAAGCAAGUUCCUUAGGAUGGAGUCUUUACAGGAGUUGCUCAAGGCCCUGACGUAUGCCUCCCACGGCCCGGAGACUGCAGCCUCCUUAGGAUCCCAGUUUGAUGAGGAAGCAGCUAUAUUUAACCUGGAACUGCUGCUGAGAAUCGUCCUUCAGAACAAAGACCGUAUCGGGGCGCUGUGGCAGCCCGUGCGUGACCACCUGUACAGUCUGAUCGCCAACAACGGGGACUUCAGCGUGCUGGUGGAGCGGGCCGUGGUGGGGCUGCUGCGUCUCGCCAUCCGCCUGCUCAGGAGGGAGGAGAUCUCUGAUCAGGUGCUAUCUUCUCUCCGCGUCCUCCUGACCAUGAAGCCGUCCGUGCUGUACAAGGUGUGCCGACAGCUGUCCUACGGGCUGCACGAGCUGCUGAAGACCAACGCCGCCAACAUCCAGCUGGCGCGGGACUGGGACACGCUCUUCACCCUGCUGGAGUGUGUGGGCGCCGGGGCCACCCCUCCACCGGUGGUACAGUCCGACGCGCCCGUGGAGACCAACAACGUGGUGGUAGAGGAGGGGGGCGUGGACUCUGGUGCCCAAUCUGACAGUGAGGUUGCAGUAGAACACGUCCACUCCAGUCUGUCGUCUGAUCGCGGGUACACGUCAGACAGCGAGCUCUACGAAGCUGCCACCAAGCACCACAAGCCCAGCGGGGAGGGAGAGGGCAUGAAGCAGUCCACCAGCACAGGCUGGCUCCUGGUUGGUAAAGAUGAUGUUGACAGUAAUGGCCAGAAGCCUGCCAUCCUGCCCGUGAAUCAGUACGUACUAACGAUAGCAGAAGAGCUGCGCAACCACGACCCCAAGUCGCUGGCCAAGUGCUGCGAAACCCUGUCGUUCCUGGUGCGAGACGCUGCACACGUCACGCCCGAGAACUUCGAGUCGUGCGUGCAUUGUCUCAGGGUGUUUGUGGAAGCAAGUGUCAGUGGAGCCAAACCUAAGGAAGAGAAGAAACCCAAGCCAACACCAAAGGAAGGGAAAAAGUUCCGAAAGAAGAAAGACCAUGGAAUGAAGAAGUCCAAGUCCACACCUGCACACCUGUCACACGUGUCCGACGAUGAACAAGACAACGAGGGUCCACCAGGGGGUUACCAUGAAGUGUGUCUAAAGCUGCUGGACCUGAUGCACACGCUCCACACGCGGGCAGCCGCCAUCUUCAGCGCGUGGGCGGAGGAGGAGAAGGCCCGGCGGCAGAAGGGCGGGAAGGACGUGGACGGUGUGGAGAUCGACGCGGGCACGAGCUCUCUCUGGAACAAGUGCUGGUGCCCGCUUCUGCAAGGAAUUGCCAGGUUGUGUUGUGACUCCAGACGACAGGUCAGGACGUCGGCCAUCACCUACCUACAGAGGGCCCUGCUGGUGCACGAUCUACAGACUCUGUCUGCAGUGGAGUGGGAGUCCUGCUUCAACAAGGUUCUCUUCCCUCUCCUGACCAAACUGCUGGAGAACAUCAGCCCCGAUGACACCGUGGGUAUGGAGGAGACGCGGAUGCGCGUGUCUGCCCUGCUGUGUAAGGUGUUCCUGCAGCACCUGGGCCCCCUGCUGUCCCUCUCCACCUUCACAGCACUCUGGCUCACCAUCCUGGACUUCAUGGACAAGUACAUGCAUGUGGACAACAGCGACCUCUUGUUUGAGGCCAUCCCAGAGUCCCUGAAGAACAUGUUACUAGUGAUGGACACGGCCAGCAUCUUCCGGGAGGACUCCACCCCCUCCGGCUACACCCAGCUCUGGAGCAUCACCUGGGAGAGGAUCGAGUGUUUCCUGCCCACUCUCCGCCAGGAUGUGUUCAAGGAGCACCAUAAGGACCACAACACAGAGAGAAGAGUGGCAUCCCCCCCUCCUCCACCCCCCUCACCCCCAACAGUAGUGGAACAGCCCCAGCCCAGCAGCAGUCCAGAGAAACCCCGGUCGGAGACCCCAGUACAACCAACACCAACCCCUGAACCUACAGCCAAACCUACACAGACUCCCAGUAAAGACUCUCCACAAACGGAGACUCCGCCCACAGAAGAUGAAAACACCCCGCCCCUCCCCACCUUCAUCCUGCAGCCCCCCCUCCCCGCAGUGUACUCCCCCGGGAAGCCCAACCCCACGGACGGCCAGCCCCCUGCCGUGCCCAUCGUACUGAACCCUGAAGUCAUCCAGGGGACGCCUAUCCCCAUACUGGCUCCCCAAGAAGCACCACCCUCUGUCACAACAACAUCCAACUAAACCUGUUACAGCACCCCCUGUCAGCAUUGUACAGAAUUGCAGGGCCCUAAAGAGGCACCACUUCCCGUCACAACAUCCAACUAGACCGGUUACGGCACCCCCUACCAGCGUUGUACUGAACUGCAGGGCUCCUGAAGAGGAACCGCCUUCUAAUACACAAACAUCCAACAAAACCAUCUACGGCAAUCUCUUGCAGCUUUGUACAGAACUGCAGAUUAUGUCAAACCAGUGGUUAAGUUUAUGUCAAAUAAGUCUUGCAAAGGCAAAGGUGCUUGUAGUGAAUCGCUGUGCAUUAAGGUGAAUUAAGGCAAGGUUUACAGCCAGUAUUACUGACUAGUUGUGUUGAACUGAUGUGCACAUGGCAGUAUCUCUAAGUUCAGUACACUAAACUAUAAGUCCCCACACUAUUACUAUCUCUAUUGUGUGCAUAUUGCUUGUCUUUGAUCACAACACAGCGUGAUGUAUAGAUAUUUUUUUGAUGUUUGAAAUUUUGGAAUGUCUUGUCAACAUUGUAUGAUCUCUGGCUUAUUGUUUUGAUGUAUAAAAUGUAUUUGGCAGGAAUGAUUAAUUGGAUGUCUCUGUCAGUUAAAACGUUGCUAUUGUUUGUUCUGGUGUUGGAAUUUGUGCCUGACAGAGUUUUGUGAAACCAGCAUUUCAGGUGCAUUUCAUGUCCUCAGUAUUUUUUUAAAAGGUUUUGUAGAAUGUCAAUGGAAGUGUGUGUAGAUGGAUGCCUUAGUUGUUGUUUUACCAAGUUUAGCAUUUUACGUGCAUGAGUUGUCAUACAUUAUCAUGAAUUAGCAUAUUUGGAGAGCUAUAUCGUAGAAACAACAAAGCAUGGCCUUGGCCACUUGUGCAAUGAGAUAAUAUAUAAAUAAGGCGUUUUGGCCAGCACCUCAAGGGGGAGGCCGUUUUAGCUUUCCCCUCCCAGACUCCAUUUACAGAUGUGGAAAGAAAGUGUACAGAAGUCUGGAGUGAACUGCACAAGUUUAAUGUACUUUUCCUUGAUGUUAUAAAGCUGAGGUUUCCGACUUUUGUGAUCAGAGACAGGACUGUAUCAUGAUGUAACAGAAUGCUGCUUGUCCAACUGUAUUGUAACAACAGCUGUACAUUACACAUCAGUAGUUAGGACAUGUAUGUACACAAGGGACAGUAUUUGUACUGUUGUUGAUUUGUGUAUUAUUAAGACCAGUCGGAAAUUUUCCAAGAAAAUGUACAUACGUGUACAGAAUAUUUAUGAUUUUUGAAGAGAUGCAUUUUGUCUCUCGACACGAUGACAGUAUGUAUCCAGGAGAAUUAAAAGUUGAAUUAUUCCGUCACUGCAUGGAAACUGUUGUAGAGAUGUCAUCUGUAUAAUGUUACUACCAUGGAAAUAAAGAAACAAAACUCAAAUAGCCA